GCGCCCCGCGCCCUCGCCGCUGCCGUGCCGGGAAGAUGGCAGCCCUUGUGUCGCCCUUGGCUACUGCGCGCUGCCUGCUGCGGGCUCUGGGGUGCCGCGCCCGCCUGCUCCCGCCGCACAGAGCCUACACAGCUCAGGCAGAUCAGAAGACAGGCCCUGGUACUCCUACAGAUGCUCACGCCAGAGCCUUACUGGUUUGCAAUGGACCUUUAGAACAUUAUGACUUUUUGAUUAAGCAGGAAGAGCUGAAGAAUGAUGAGCAACAAAGGAGAGUUGUGGAGCGCCUGCAGAAAUUGCAUGAGAGCCUUAAAGGCUACAGCAUUGAUUCAAAAAAUAUUCUUUCAAAGGUCUUUGCCAAAACCAAACCCCCAAAAGGUCUUUAUGUCUAUGGAGAUGUUGGCACAGGAAAGACAAUGGUGAUGGACAUGUUCUAUUCUCACUUAGAAGUAGAAAGGAAAAAGAGAGUCCAUUUUCAUGGCUUCAUGUUGGAUGUACACCAGAGAAUACAUCGCCUUAAGCAGAACCUACCAAAGAGAAAAGCAGGAUUUAUGGCCAAAUCAUAUGACCCAAUUGCACCUGUGGCAGAGGAAAUAAGCAAAGAGGCUGCACUCCUGUGUUUUGAUGAGUUUCAGGUCACUGACAUUGCUGAUGCCAUGAUUCUGAAGCAGCUUUUUGAAAAUCUCUUCCAAAAUGGGGUUGUCGUUGUGGCAACAUCUAACAGGCCGCCAGAAGAUCUCUAUAAAAAUGGUCUUCAGAGGGCUAAUUUUGUACCAUUCAUUGCUGUGCUGAAGAAAUACUGCAGCACAGUCCAGCUUGAUUCUGGAAUAGACUACAGGAAACGAGUGCUUCCAGCUGCUGGAAAACUUUACUACCUCACAAGUGAAGCUGAUGUGGAGGCUGUCAUGGAUAAGUUGUUUGAUGAGCUGGCUCAGAAACAAAAUGAUUUAACUAGACCAAGGAUUCUAAAAGUGCAAGGCAGAGAGCUGAGGCUGAAUAAAGCAUGUGGAACCAUUGCAGACUUCACGUUUGAAGAGCUGUGCGACAGACCUCUUGGAGCCAGCGACUAUUUGGAAAUAUCAAAGCAUUUUGACACAGUGUUUGUUCGUGACAUACCACUUCUUACGAUAGCACAAAGGACACAAACUCGUCGUUUCAUUACUCUUAUUGAUACCUUUUAUGAGCAUAAGGUGCGCAUUAUCUGUUCUGCGGCAGCUCCUCUCCAAAGCUUGUUCCUGGUGGAACAUGGCAGCGGUGAACUGCAGGACAACAGAGUGUUGAUGGAUGAUUUGGACUUGAGCCAGGAUUCUGCCAAAGGACUCUCCAUGUUUACAGGAGAAGAGGAAGUCUUUGCCUUUCAGCGUACUCUUUCACGGCUCACAGAAAUGCAAACUGAACAGUACUGGAAUGAUGGGGACAGAAGCAAAAAAACAUAAUGAAAAGUUGAAUGAAAUCACCAAGAAGUACAAUUACAGCAUGAAAUCACCCAGAAGAAAAAUUGGAAAAGCUUCGGAAAAGAACUGGAAAGCUUUUUAGCACAACUUGAAUAAUAAUUGCACUUUAUCAUCUGGACCAUGUUUUCUUUCAUUAAUAGUUUUUUGAGCUUAAGACAUGAGGUCUCAUCAGUUAAUUUUCUGUACCACCAGUGUGUGGAUAUGUGAAAUUUUGCCUUCAUUUGUUCUUACCUGUCUGGAUGUCCGGGUCCAUAUGGUGGUGGUGAAUGGAAUUGCAUCUAGCUGGUGGCUGGUCACCAGUGGGGUUCCCUAGGGCUCAAUGUACUGGGGCCAGCCCUCUUCAAUAUCUUUAUCCAUGGUAUGGACAAGGAGAUCAAAGUGCACAUUCAGUAAGUUCACAGAUGACGCCGAGUUGGGUGGGAGUGUUGAUCUGCAGGAGGGUGGGAAGGCUCUGCAGAGGGAUCUGGACAGGCUGGAUCAAUGGGCUGAGGCCAAUUGUGUGAGGUUCUACAACGCCAAAUGCCAGGUCCUGUACUUGGGUCACAAUAACCCCAGGCAGCCCUACAGGCUGCAGCAGAGUGGCUGGAAAGCUGCUCAGGGGAAAAGGACCUGGAGGUGCUGGUCAACAGAACAUGAGCCAGCUGUGCCCAGGUGGCCAAGAAGGCCAAUGGCAUCCUGGCCUGUAUCAGCACCAGGGCAGGGAUUGUCCCCCAGUACCUGCACUGGUGAGGCCAUGCCUCGAAUCCUGUGUUCAGUCCGGGCCCUACACUACAAGAAGGACUUUGAGGGGCUGGAAUGAGUCCAGAGAAGGACAAUGAAGCUGGUGAAGGUUCUGGUGAACAAAUCUUUUGAGGAGUGGCUGAGGGAGCUGGGGGUGUUUAGCCUGGAGAAAGGAGGCUCGGGGGGUCCUUACUGCUCUCUUCAACUCCCUGAAUUGAGGCUGUAAUGAGGUGAGGGUUGGACUCUUCUUCCAGGGACCCCAUGACAGGAUGAGAGGACACAGCCUCAAGCUGCUCCAGGGGAGAUUCAGGUUGGACAUGAGGAAGAAUUUCUUCAUUGAAAGUGUUGUCCAGUAUUGGAACAGGCUGCCCAGGGAGGUGGUGGAGUCACCAUCCCUGGAAGUGCUAAAGAAAUUGCUGGACAUGGCACUUAGUGCUGUGGUUUAUUUGAUAGGGUGAUGUUUGGACAAAAGUUGGACUCAAUCUUGGAGUUUUUUCCCAACAUUAAUGAUUCUCUAAAAUAUAACUUUGAGGUUCAGGAAAUUUAAUGGGUUUAGAAUUUUUCUGGAGGAUUGGUGUACAGAAAACGUUGAUGGGCUAUGCAGAGGUGUUUUAUGAUGUCACAUGAAGUCAGCAUUUCAUUGUUUAUACACUUCUUCUGUCAGGUACAAUGCUGCUUGCACAAAAGAAAAAUCAAAUGCUUUCUUUAAGAAACUCCUGAUAUUGUCCAUGUCAGACUCUUGGAAUUCUUCUGUAGUGUGUUCUGUUUUGCUUUUUUUAAAUUUUUCUCUGAUUCUAGCUAUGUGUUGACAUUCAGGCUCUAGGAGUUUUUUUUAAUCAGACUGUUGCUCAGUCUGGUGCAUUGAAAGCUAAUGGUUUUAACCAAGAGAGAACCCUGAGGAGGAGCUUUAAGGUACUUGAAGCUGCACAGGAUUAAGAUCUAAGUAAUGGAUGGGAAAAGAAACCUUGAUAAGACAGGCUAUGCUGUAACAAAUAAGUGCAAGUUCAUAUUCUUCCUAAAUUUAGUGGUUCUUACAAGCCUGAAUACACUGCCUUUACACCAAUGAUGUCUCUACCCUGAAUUUUCUUAGGCUUCUACACCAAACCUUCCACUGCUGUUAACACACCUGCCCUGAUCUGGGGCAGUACUCAGUAUUACUCAGGCAGUUCAUCCUGUUACCAUAGGAAUGUGUUUUAUGGAAAAGAUAGGAUAGUAAUUGAUACCUCAAGACACAUCACCCAUCCUCAUCUUUGUAGUUGAGUUAAACUCUACUUUAGUUAAAAGAUGCAGUGGCGUCAUUCUUGAUUUUAAUCUUAACUGAAACAAAACAUGGUAUUGUGUGUAUUGGCUUAUCAUGUAUUUUUAUAAAGCAAUCCUAAGAGCAUAUUUAGAAACUUGGAGUAGGAAAAAAACAUGUAGAUGGACUGAAGACUGCCCUCAUUUCCGAGGGAGGAGAUAUAUAACACACUGUGCCCAACUUUGAGAGGUUGUCUUGGAUUUUGCAGUAUGAUCUUUUUCUGUCUGUUACCAAAUUGUCUCCCAUCACAAUUACACAAAGCUUCUAAAAGGGCCUUCUGGGCAGAAGGGAGGGCUGGAGAGGUCCCGUGCUCUUACUUUUGUUAGGGAGCCACGUGCUCAAGUCUGGUUUUCUGUUCUGAUCCCUUCUGUUUGUCCUGGAAGUUACUUACACUGGUUAUACCUGCUCUUCACAGAAUUUUUAAAGCCUAUAUUUAUAGUUUGCAGCUCAUGGAGCUAUAAUAUUAUUCCCACAAGGGUGACUACCAUGGAGAAUUUUAAUGCAUAUUUAUGAAAACUCCAAUCAAUUGCUUCUACUGGAGAAUAUCCAAAUAAUUGAUGUCUGUUUUCAGAGAUUCGGAUUAGGUUUCUCAACCUAGGGACUAUUGACAUUCAUGCAUGUGUGUCUGUAUAUACAAACACAUAUGGAUAUUUAAUUUAUACAUAUAUAUAUAAAUCUAGAUAAAACUAAUAUAUAUCAUUUGUGUGUGUUUCUGUAUUUAUAUGUGGCACUCUAUACCUAUCAGCCUGGGACUGUGCUGAUAACUCUGCUGAAGCUUCAGCCUUGACUUCUUUUGAGUAGCAUUCAAGUGCUUCCUGCCUUGAACCAGAAUGUAUUGUCCAAAAAUGGGAGAUGGUGGUAGAUAGCCUAAGGCACUUUGCAUAAAGAUAUAUAUUUACAUUCUUUUAAAAACUCUUUAUAUGUUUAGCCUGUAUGUCCUUCUCUGUCAGGUGGUACAGGUGUGUAAUCCUGCAAAACACAGAUUACAUGUGUGGGACAUGGGGGAGAGGAGGUCCUGGCAGGUUCUUCAUUCCUACAGGGACAGGCCAGGGAAGUGAGGGGUUUCUCUACCAUGUGGGUGAUGAUGAAGCUCCUUUAACCACAGGGUCCCUGUUUGUGUUCAAACUGCUGCUGCUUUGCCAUUGGUGUUAGAGGCUUUUCUGAAGUCUGAAUGCACAAACCCCAAUUCAGAUACCCCAGGUCUUUGGAAGUGCCAGUGGGACUGAUGUACCAUUGAAAGCCUCUAAGGAUAUAGAUGAGAUCUGUGAAAACACAGGAGGGAAGUUCCCAAAAGCUUCCAGAGCCAGCAUUGCUUCCAGAACACAUUGCUAAAUAAAACCAUAGUGCUUGUCUUUCCUUGGCCAGCAUGGAAUUUGUCUGUUGGGAGUCCCUGGUAGAUACCAGCACUAAUCAAGGAAAAUAAAUGGGGAAGAUUCCAGAAGUGUUUUGAGGCUGAAAACAGGAAAAGUUGCCUAAAUCACUGUGCUGUAUUUGUGAUUGUGCUGCAGAGGGAGGUUUGCCACUUUUGGGUCAGGUCCUCAGGGAGAAAUUUAUUGGACCAGUUUCUCAGCCAGCCCAGAUACCAGGGCAGAGGGUGCCUCAGUAGCCACAGAAGCAGCACAUUUAUGUACCUCCCUGAAGAAAGUGAGGCCCUAUUUCCUUAUUUUACAAUGCUGUAGCAUGUAUAAAGCCUUUUUCCAGUGCUGAGUUGGGGGUGCUGCUUCUGGGGUCAAACACCUUCCAGGAAACUGGUGCCAGCCAGAAUCUCACUGGACACCAUGGACAAGAGUGGUUGUGUUGUGCCCCAGGAUGCUGGGCCACUUGUGCUCCCAGCUGUCCUGUCCUCUGCUGCCUGGCCUGCUCCUGCUGCUGUGAGACAACAACAGCCCAUGACUUUAUUCCCACAUGAAGAUGUUUUAUUUGCCAAAACGUAAAGAGUGAGAUGCCUAUGACUGAAUUAUGCACGCUCCAUAAUAGCCUUAAAAAUUGCUGGAUGCUGGAUGCUUGUGCUGGAUGCUUCUACCCAGAGUUUAAGUCCUGGCUUUUUAGGGUUUUCUUAAUUUGUGAAUUCAUGUCAUCUCAGAUCUGCAUCAAGUUUUUAUUUCCUUUAGUCGUUUAGCAAACAUUAUUGACAAGUUAUUUUUAAAGGUCAAGUAACCUUUAUUGAUGUGGUAUAAUAUUUUGCUGUGAUAGGAAGUAAAAUCCUGGGGAUUAUGGACCAUGUGAAACACUUCAUGUUUUCUAAAGUUCACAUCCUGGUUGAGAAUCUCACAACUAACUUCUUUCAAAUACUUAAUUGACCAAAGAACAUUCACAAUACCCAAAAAUUUAACUUUUUUUUUUUUUAAUAAUAAAUAGGGAAAAUCUGUCUUUCAGAGUUACCAUUUUCAAUAUUUGUUUCUGUGCUGAUUGAGGGAACAAUUGCAGUAUUUUGGGUAGAACAAGACAGCCUUCCAGAGGCUUUAGAGGGAUUGAAGAUGCACUUUUUGCUGUUGCUGGUUUUCAGUCUGAAGAGGAAAACCAUUAAUGGCUUUUCUUUUAGUAAAGGUGUUUGUGAUGACACCACGAUAGAUGGCACCUAUUUUGCAGCAAUCUAAGCAUGAAAAAAAGCAACUGACCAAGUUUCAAACAAUGCCCAGCACGAUCACCAGCCAUGUAAGAAGGAGGAAGAACAGUCUCUCCGUCAAGAUGCAGCUAACAGAAUUAAGAUUAGGAUUUUUCUUUCUGCAAUUGCCUGAAUACACCUGGUGCCUCAGUUUCCCUGUUGAAAAAAUGGGGAUGAUGUUACUUUCUUACUUGUGAACUCUGGCAUGCUGCCAGGCUUCUCUCAUUAAUAUUCUAAAAUGCUUGCUGAGACUCCGGGAUGAAAAUACUUCAGUAAAGUAUGUAAAUACUGCAAAAAAUUAAUUUAGCUACUCAGAGUGGGUUAGUCUUCUUGUUUGGGUUACAGAAUUAAUGUCACCCACUGAACACCACGUGCCUUGUGGUAGUGAUUUUGUUUUAAAUAAUGCAUCUAUUUUAAGAAUUUAUUUAAAGAAAAAAAAAGAGAUUUGAGAUUAAAAUUGUAAACCAUUUGUGUAGUUUUUAUUUUACUUGUAAUAACAAAUUUCCUAUAAGAUUUAUAACAAUCUCAGAUCCUCUAGAUGUGAAAUACAGUGGCUUUGUAAAUUCUGUUGGGAUUUUCCUUGUAUACAGAAAAUAUUUUUUAAAAUAUGUCAUUUUGAAUCUAAUAUAUUACAGACUGAACACUGUCAAAUCUAUCUGUCAUUUGUGAAGAAUUUAUCUUGUAAUAAAAAGUAAUAAAUCCA